GCAGGGUCGCUUCCCCACAGUACUGUAGCUGUAUUUACUCCACCUCAAUCUUGUACAUCACGCAUAUCAUACUGCAUUCCUGAAUGCGCAGCACGCGCCACCUCUCCGUGUCAUCCAUGAUGGACCCGGGGCUGUCGCGACGAGCGCGGAACGCGCUCGACCGGCUUGUUCCUGUGCUUUCGGGUACCGCACCAGCGUCGUUUGACCCUUUCGGCAAUACGAUUGACCUCAGUUGUGGGGGUAAUGAGGUGUUGUAUCCCGAGUUGAAGCAGUUUCUGGGAGAUGUUGUUAGAGAUGUUGGGGCGGUUGAGGCAUUUUCGGAGCCCGUCCCGUCGAUUAAUGGCGGCGAUUUAGGAUUAAGAAACGCUCUUGCGGGAUUUUUCAACACGUAUUUCAAGCCUGUUCAUGCUGUCAGGGCUGAACAUAUCGUUCUUACGGAUGGGACUACGGAUGGGAUUGAGAACCUAAUUCAUGCUGUAUGCGAUGAUGGGGACAGUGUGCUUGUUCCUGGGCCGAGUUGUCCAGACAUCUCAGUCCUAUUGAAGCGAAAAGCAAACGUCCAUCUAAUUCCCGCCCGCCCACCAACCUACUCCCACUGGGACAACUACCUCGUCCCCUCCCUGCAAGCCGCCUACGACUUCUCCUCCCACCGUUCCCGAAUAAAAGCCGUCUUGUUAUCUAACCCCAACAACCCCCUCUCGCGAUGCUACCCCCGGGAAACAUUACGGGAGUUACUGGAAUUCUGUCAAGAAAGAGGAUUGCAUCUAAUUGUUGAUGAGGGGGCUGGGUUGAUGCGGUUAGAUGGUGGUAAGGAGGAGGGUGGAGGAGGAGGAGGUAAGAAGAAGAGAGAUGGAGCAGAGUUUGUAAGUGCGUUGGCGUUGACGGAACCGCUUGUACCGGAGGGUGCGGUGAAGGUCGAUCCGAGUCGUGUGCAUAUUGUGUGGAGUGCAAGUCGAUUAUUCGGAUUAGGUGGGCUGAAGAUCGGUUGCGUGGUUUCCCAGCAAAACACUCCCCUCCUGACUUCCCUGGCACUGACGAGUACACACCCCUCGUCCCUCUCGACCGUCUACUUAUCUUCCCUUCUGACGUCCUCGCGACUCCCCGAUCUCCGCACUCUGAAUAACAAUCGACUGACAUCCUCCUACGUUGCCCUCACCGAUAUCCUAAGGCAGCACGAUAUCGAAUUCGUGGUACCUACACACGGUCCCUUCCUCUUUGCUAAACUAGCAAAGAAAGCUAGGACUGUGGAAGAGGAGAAUGUUUUCUGGAGAGAUUUGGAAGGCAGGGGUGGGAUUAAAGUUGCGCCUGGGAGGGUGUUCAAUGGGGUGGAGAAAGAUGGGGGUUGGGCGAGGGUGAGGUUUUCGGUCAGCGAAGAGGUUAUGCAGGAGGUGGUGGGGAAGCUGGAGGACUUCUUUGGAGGGAGUGGAUGAGGGCGGUACUAUCGUCUGGAGUAUCUAGCUGAGAGGUGGUUUGCUUGCUUGGCUUUGGCUUUCUGUUCGCAAUGGGUCGGGACAUUUUGAUUACUUUUCGUGGUAUCAGCGUGGGCGGAGCUAGUUUUCGUCGGAUCUUACAGAAUGACAUGCGUGUACGACUCGUCUGGCUUUCGGGUAGAGAA